AAUACAAUCACAAGAGCAGCUUGUUGCAAAGGUUGGAAGGGUCCAACUUGCGAAGAGCCUGUAUGUGAUCCACCUUGCAUGAACGGAGGUCAGUGCGUUGAAGCAGAGACCUACCCAACAGCAUUGCCAAAGUGCUUGUGUACUUCACCCUUCACAGGAAAACUCUGUCAGGAGAACUUAGAUGUUCUGAAGAACAGCACGCUGAGGUACUGCUACAAGGGUACAGGCUGUCAGGGAAAUCUGAGUUCUCCUCAGGCCAUGGAGAUCGGUCAGUGUUGUGUUGAUGGUUUCUCCGGAUCCUGGGGAAGUCAGACUAGUCCAUUGGCUUGUUCACCUUGUAACACAGACAAAGCUGUUAAAGUCAACAACAAUCUUGACUACGUCACCUGUGUUACAUCUGGACCAAGCUGGUACAGAACAUUUGACUCUCUACAGUACACCUAUCAAACUAACUGUGGUGCUGGUCUCGUAGUCACACCUCAGAUCAGGAUUGAUUCCGUCACUGACUGCGAACCAAUGAACACAUGUGCAUGCUACAAGAUUGUUACAAUUACUGUAUAUGGUAGCCCUACCUACACAUACACAUUGGAUGGCCCAAUCCUGACAUCAACAGAUGGUCAAACUACUGACAGUUACGAUGCCUCUGCCCUCCCAGACAACACACCAACAUCCAUCAACAAAGGAAGUUUGAUGAUGAAGUAUGAUAAAGAUUCAAAGGCUGUGUACCUUAUGUUCAGUAAUGGCAUAAGUGUACGAACUGAAACUGAUGGAACUUGCUCAAUCACUCUUAUGAAAAACUCACCACUCAUUGCCAAUAUGGCUGGUGUCUGUGGUAAUGCAAAUGGCUAUGUUGAUGAUGAGUAUGGUCUUCAAACACAAAUGGGAGCUCAGCGUAUAUUUGAUAUUUACAAGAAUACAGAUCUACCAUGUGGAAGAGGUCUCUCCAAGUGUCCAACACCUGAAUUGACAACAAAGGCUGAUCUUGCUUGUCAGCCAUUGCUUCUCAUUAUGUACAGAUACCAUCCAUUUGUGCCUGUUGAAACCAGUAUAGAAAAUUGUCGUCAAUCCUAUUGUACUUCUUUUGCUGCUGGUGGAAUUGAAGCUGCAACCAAAGCAGUUUGUAAAGCUCUCUCAGCUUACCACACAUUGGGCACACUCGCUUCAGGGGAAGCUAUUUCAUGGAGAUCCAAAAAUCUUUGUCCCAAGACCUGCAAACAACCUAUGCAGUUUAAUGGCCUCAUCAUUAACAAAUGCCCACUUACCUGCGGAGCCUCACUCUACUCCUACACAAGAAGCACAUGCCGUACUCAACCCUAUGGGGGUUGCGAGUGUCCUGAUGGCUUGGCCAAAAUCAACAGCACUUGUGUUGCACCAGAGACUUGUCAGUGUAGGGGAGAUGAUGGUCGCUACUACAACAGUGGUGAUGUCAUUGAGUCCGGAGAUCACUGCAAAACCUGCAAAUGUGGUUACCUUGGUCUAUGGGAUUGCACAGAUAGUCCAGAAAAAUGCUCAUCAACUUGCAUUGUUUUAAGAGGAAGCUAUGUAAAGACAUUUGAUAACUACAUGUAUGGAAUUCAAAACGCUUGCGGUGAAAUGACUAUUGCUUCAGGAGAAGGAUUAAAGAUUGUUUAUGGUACACUUACAAGCACUCAGGAUGAAAAUGGUGAAACAAUUACACCCUCUUAUGUUUCAAUUACUUACAAAAAUAUCACAAGUCGUUUGGACAUUCACAAAUCUGGUGCAGUAAUGGAGAAUGCAUUUAGACCCAAUGUUUACAUCAGACAAAUUGCCAAAAAUGCUUUUGCUUGUGAUAUUGAUGGAGGCAAAAUCCGUCUGCUGUCUUAUCGAGAUGGAAAAUUGUACAUCAAGCUGAAAAUAAAUAUGUUUAGAGACAAAAUAAGAGGUAUCUGUGGUAACUUUGACAACAACAAAGACAAUGAUCUGAUGUCCCCCUCUAAUGCUAUCAUGGAUGGACAGGCAUUCGUUGAGAUGUACACCACAUGCAAGGAGGCUGUUUUUGCUGAAGUGACACAAUCAACUCAGGAUCCCCGCUGUGCAGCUAUCAAUGAUGUUCAGAAACCAUCCAACGCCAAUGUGAAUAGUGACAUGGCUGUCAUGUUUUGUAACAAUGCCCCAGAUGAUGCUACACGAUGCCAAACACUGCAGGCUUUUUGUUAUCAAGCUAAUGUUAACUUCCAAGAAGUCUUCAGUAGUAUUUCUGGAGCAUGCUCUGAUACCACAUGCCAAAGAACAAAAGUGGAUGUCUGUACUGCCAGUUGCUAUGGAAGCAUGUUCCGAGACUGUGAGCCAGAAACCAUUUACACUUGUGGCUGUGCUGAAGGCUUAUUUAUGAAUGACAAAGGAGUCUGUGUAACCAAAGCUGAAUGUGGUUGCAAAGACUUCACAGCUCCAGACAAACUCUAUGCUCAAGAUGACAAAUUCAUGAGUGGAUGUAGAAAAUGUACCUGCUUGAACAGCACACUGUCAUGUGACCAAAACUGUGAAGAAGUGAUCUGUGCUAAAUUACACAUCUCUAAAAAAGAUUUACUUGACAAGAACCCAGACCCCACAUGUGCCAGACAGAUCUGUCCCAAACCAUACUACACAGAAAAAGGCUGUAUCAAUGUUGCAACUAGUUCACAGUCAUGCUUCUGUGGAGAUGGAGAUGUUCAAACUCAAACUGGACUCUGUGUCAAACAUUGCCCUUGCUACAACAAAGGCACAUACUACCCUCAUGGUGCAAGCAUUGUUACCAACUGCAUUACACAAAUUUGUAAUGAUGGUGUCUUAGAAACACAGGAAGGACGAACAUCAACUUGCUCAGGCACUUGCACAGUCUCUGGAGCAUCCAUGAAGCUAAAAUCUUUUGACACCUCAACUCUCAGUGAUUUCUCAUUUGAUUCUAAGUGUGAGAUUAUAAUGUUUAAGACUGAUGAAGACACUAUAAAAAUUAAACCAACAGAGUGCGGCUCAUCACAACAAACUUGCUUGUACCAAGUGACAUGGGAAACUUCAUAUAUCAAUGCACCAAUCACCCUAAGAUCUACUGAACCCAGCUCUGUUAUGGUGGGAAACAAAGUAUAUCAAAACAAUGUGGGAAACUUUAUACAUAUCUUUGACAAUGGCAUUAUCUUGACAAUUACAACUCCAAAUAUGGCUUUAAUAUGGGAUAAAGGAACAUCACUGAGCAUUGAAGUUGGGGGCAACUAUUACAAUAAAACAAAAGGGUUGUGUGGUAAUUUCAACAUGGAUGCUCAUGAUGAUAGCAUUGGUAGUGACAAUCUACCAAAAGACACAUUGAGCAAACUUGCAAAGAGCUGGAUAGCUAAUCCAGAUGAAUGUACUAUGACAGAAGAUCAGACAGUUGUAACUUGUGAGGGAUCACCUCGUGAAGCAUGGGCACGUAAAGCCUGUCUGAUCAUUUUGGAAGGUGAAGCUUUUGCUCAGUGUAGAAAACAAGGGGGAGCACUCAGCUUUUAUCAAAACUGUUUGGUGCAAUCCUGCGCCUGUGAUUUGGGUGGUGAUUGUGAAUGCUACUGCGAGGCUGUAGCUGAGUAUGCAGCAUUCUGUAACAGAAUCAAUGCACCAGCUCGUUGGAGAAACCAAAAGAAUUGCCCAAUACAGUGUGAAGGUGGAACUCAGUACGAUGCUUGUGGUAGCACAUGCCCUGAGACAUGUCAAAAACCAAGUAACACAACAGAGAGCAUCUGUGAAGCUCUCAACUGUCAAGAAGGUUGCUACUGUCCUCCAGGCUAUGUACGAUCAAAUCCAGAUGACUUGGAAUCAUCCACUUGUAUUAAAAAAACUGAGUGUCCAUGUGUUGAUGAAAAAGGCAGAACAAUUCCACAAGGGGAGUCUGUAAAACUCUACUGCCAAGAUUGUAACUGCAAAGAUGGAGAACUCAUAUGCACUGGAGAUCCAUGCAAAGAUGAAUGUAGUGAUAAUGAAUUCAGGUGCAAUGACGGUCAUUGUUUCAAUAAAUUGCUCAAAUGCAAUGGAAAACCUGAUUGUAGAGAUGGUGCUGAUGAAUUUGGCUGUGAAGGAGAAAAAUGCCAAGGAUUUCCUUGCAAAAAUGGACAAUGUGUGGGAAAUAAUACACUUUGCAAUGGAAUCUCAGAUUGCAUGGAUUCAUCUGAUGAAACUGACUGUGACAUUGUUUGUGAUGAGGGAAAAUUCAAAUGUAAUCAGAGCAACUAUUGCAUUGACAAGGACUCUGUUUGUGAUUCAUAUUUUGACUGCUGGUAUGGUGAAGAUGAAAAGGAUUGUCAAAUCUGUCCACACAAUGAAACACAUUGUAACCAAACCUACUGCAUACCUAAAGACUACCACUGUGAUGGUCAUGAUGACUGUGGUGAUGGAUCUGAUGAAAUGGGUUGCACAACUCCAUUCACGACAACAGAAACUGAAAAAUGCCAGCAUACAUUGAAGAGAUUUACCCAGCCAUCAGAAGAUCUUAAGAUAAAGACAGUGCCAGAAGAUGGUUUUGCUCCUAACAUUUUUAGUCCAACUGGUUGGAAACCGCAAAAUGUUGUUGAUUUGGUUAUUGAAAUACAAAGUGGAGUGACCCCAGUCCUCUAUGAAAUAGGCUUUAAAGUUCUAGAUGGUGUUGGUAAAAAUUUGACUGUGAGAAUAACCAACAUUGCUGGCAAUUCAAUCAUUGAAAACCGUCUAAUAACACAAAGUCCAAUGGACUUCAAUGGGGUGUAUAAGGCUGAGGCUAAUAUAAUAACAAUAACAACACAAGCUACAAUCGCAUCAACCUACAUAGAUGUUUGCAUGGAGUCAAUUGUGCCUUCAUCAACCCCAUAUUCUUCAACUCCAACCACCCCACAAGAGUGUGCAAAAGAUUUCACAACUUUGACCUCCUCAUAUUUUGGACCCAUCUCCAGUAGCUCCAAUGUUUUUAAGCCAUCUGACAGCAACAAUUUAGAAAUUCAAGUUUCAUUUGGGACAAAACCAAAUGUUGAACAAAUAAGUGUUCAAAGUAUAGAGUUCAGUUUAACUGGGAAUUAUGAAUCUUUCUCAGUUGCUAUCAAAUACAAAGAUGGAAGUUUAGUUACUAGUCAGGUUGAUGCACCAAGCUCAGAUGUGACUUUCAGACCUGUUAAUCCCAACAACAUUCAAGAUAUAAAAUUCACCUUUGAACUCACUCAAGCUACUCCAGGAGCUGAAGUUAUUUAUAAGGGAGCAGAGGGCUGUGUUAAAGUGGGAAACUGUUCACAAGGCUAUUGCAAUGGUCAAUGUUUAGACAACUAUUUGAACCUUUGUGAAUCUCCAUGUCCACCAAGUGAAUGCUUCACAACACCUAACAGAACAACUGAAACAAUUAUUACACCUACACCUGAGUCACAUAGCACACCUGGACCAACAAGCACACCAGGAUCACCAAGCACACCAGGAUCACCAAGCACACCAGGAUCACCAAGCACACCAGGAUCACCAAGCACACCAGGAUCAUCAAGCACACCAAGAUACCCUAGCACUACUCCUUGCGCUGAAGUAAUAAUUCCACAGGAUAAACUUGUGACAGUUACACCAGUUUUUGACAAUUCUCUAGCUAUUUCCAAACAACAGCUUGUUAUUCUGAAAGCUGAAAAUGAAUCAUCACUGCUUGAUGUAAAUCCUAAUGGGCCAAAUGCACAAGAAACUGUCAUUUCCAUCCCAUAUACCCAGUCUAAGGAAUUUAUAAAUUCAACCGGACGUUAUGCAACUGUUAUCUAUAAAAAUGAUCAAGACUAUGAAGCAAAAUUAGAGACUUUCAUUGACUUGACAGACGGUGUUCCAUACCAAUAUGAAGAUUCUACUAUUGUGAGUUUUGUGGUAAACCCAGAUGAAGGCGUACAGCUUCCUCCCAAUACAAGGACGUACAAUUUAGUUAAUGUAAAUAGUGUUGUUAUCAGCACACUGAAUGAAUUUGUGUUUGCCUUUACAAAUACGGAUACACCAGUUCAAGUUGUUAAAUGUACAGAACCCACAAGCACACCAGGAUCACCAAGCACACCAAGAUCACCAAGUACAACUGGAUCACCAAGCACACCUGGAUCACCAAGCACAACUGGAUCACCAAGCACACCAGGAUCACCAAGCACACCUCAAACACCAAGUACACCUAGAUCACCAAGCACACCAGGAUCACCAAGCACACCAGGAUCACCAAGCACACCUGGAUCACCAAGCACACCUGGAUCACCAAGCACACCUGGAUCACCUAGCACAACUGGAUCACCAAGCACACCAGGAUCACCAAGCACACCUCAAACACCAAGUACACCUAGAUCACCAAGCACACCAGGAUCACCAAGCACACCAGGAUCGCCAAGCACACCUGGAUCACCAAGCACACCUGGAUCACCAAGCACACCUCAAUCACCAAGCACACCAGAAUCACCAAGCACACCAAGAUCUCCUAGCACACCUGGAUCACCAACACUCCUGGAUCACCAACACACCAGGAUCACCAAGCUCACCUGGUUCACCUAG